AUGCCUGCUAUUAGAAACACUGUUACUGGCCUGAAAGGAAGGGGUCCUCCUGGUGUGAGGCCCACUGCUGCUGCUUCCCCUGCUGCAGCUCCAGCUACAUCCACCCCCUCUGCUCUUGCUGCCCCUGCUGGCCCUGAGCCUCCUGCUGAGGAUGUUGGAGAAGAUGCUGAGAAGAUAGCCCGAACCAAGGCAGAGAAGAAGGCAAAGGCACACUUGGAGAAGAUCACUCCAGGUAAGCUUGCCUUUGAGGCACUCAAGCGUGAUGAGAAGGCUCCGAUAUCCAAGACCGACCGGACAAAUCAAGUCAAGGAUGCUGCAGCCCGCAACAUCAAGGAUCAGUAUGAGUCCAUUGUGACAUAUGCUGAGCUUCGAGAUGGGCGUCGAUGUGCUGCUAAGAAUUGCGGACCCCUGAUUACUCCAGGACAAGCUCAGGCCAUACAGAGGGCUUACCUCGAGGCAGGGGUAGAGGAGUACGAUGGUCUCCGCUCUUUCAAGGAGCAUGGUCGGCCGAUUAUCCUCUUGCGCCCGCAGGCAACGAUGCAGGUCCUGAAUGAGGUUGAGGCCCAGUAUAGUCCUUACCACUGGGCCUGUGUCCCUCUGAAGGAGCGCUUCCUUGAUGCCAAGGACCUUCCUGCAAAGCGCAAUGAGCUCAUCAAAGGCUGUGAUCUCAAGAAACUCGACUGCUCUGAGCUUGCCAAACCUGAUCGACUGCUUGUCUACCAGGCAAUCCAGAAUGCUCACUAUGGUAAAGACAAGAUCCCAAAACGUAGGCUUGGAAAGACACAGAAGAAGGUAGAAGCUGCUGAGCGUGAAGCCUAUCGUGCUCAUGGUCAAAGGGACUACCUGACCCAUCGCAGGGAGGAGAUGGAGGAGAAGAAGAAGCUCAACGAGGAGAAGCGAUGGGCUAGGCGCAAGGAAAAGAAGGUGAGGAAGAUGAAUGAGAAGGCAGAGAGGGAACUGGAGCGUGAGCAUGGUAUGGAGGAGGGAGCAGCAUCUAGCUCUAAGAUGUCAAGGAGGGAGCGGGCAAAGAAGGAGAGGAAGGAGAGGGAGGAGGGACACUGA